GAUGCAAAUAGACAAUUUUACACAUAUUCCACUGAAUGAGUGGCGACAAGCUCCAAAAGUUCCUCUGUCUGAUGCUGUAGCUUUAGCACUUGUUUCAGAGUGCACAUGCAGUUUGCCUGAGUGCUUGGAGAAUGUUAUAGUUGUUUCCUCUGCUGAGGACGAGCAAGAAAAAGAUGAAAUGGUGGCUCACUGAUGAAAUCAUUACAGCUGCCCAAAAGCUCAUGCACCAGCAUUUCCCAAACAUGGAAGGUUUUCAACCUCCUACUCUCGGAAAGUUGCACAGUGGUUUUGAUGUUCACCGGGACGCGUUUGUACAAAUUAUUAAUGUCAAGAACAUCCACUGGUGUGUUGUAUCAACUGUUGGCUGUGAAACUGGG